AUGGCAACUCCGGGAGCUGGCUUUUGGUCCUUCGGGACUGAGGAGGGAUCUGGCGAUCCAGAUAACCCGGGUACAGCCAAAGCCUGGUGCCAGGCUGCCCAGAAGUUUACCGGAGGCAUUUCAACCAAACUCUGCGCGCUGCUCUACGGAGAUGGCGACAAGACCACGGAAACGGGGGCGACGAAGGCAGACCCUGGUUCGGCCGCCAGAAAGGGAGCUUGUACCUGUAGCGGAAAACCUUGCGCUUGCCAGAAAGGGGAGCUCAGCUAUGCUUUCCUGCACGCCUCAGAUCUUCUACCUGCUUCUGAGGGGGAAGCGAUCACCUUGGCUUUCCUACAAGACGUGGUGGACAUUUUGCUCCAGUACAUGGUGAAGAAUUUCGACCGAUCCACUAAAGUGAUUGAUUUCCACUACCCAAACGAGCUGCUUCAGGAAUAUAACUGGGAAUUGGCGGAUCAGCCCCAAACCUUGGAGGAAAUUCUGUUGACCUGCAGGACGACGCUGAAAUACGCCAUCAAAACAGGGCAUCCCAGAUAUUUCAAUCAGCUUUCAACUGGAUUGGAUAUGGUUGGAUUAGCUGCAGAUUGGCUAACUUCUACAGCUAACACUAAUAUGUUCACCUAUGAAAUUGCUCCUGUGUUUGUACUGUUGGAAUAUGUUACAUUAAGAAAAAUGAGAGAAAUAAUUGGUUGGCCAGGAGGUGCUGGUGAUGGAAUUUUUUCACCUGGUGGUGCCAUAUCUAACAUGUAUGCUAUGUUGAUUGCACGUUUCAAGAUGUUCCCAGAAGUUAAAGAGAAAGGAAUGGCAGCUAUUCCAAGGCUGGUUGCCUUCACCUCAGAACAUAGUCAUUUUUCAGUGAAGAAAGGAGCAGCAGCUUUAGGAAUUGGUACUGACAGUGUGGUUUUGAUCAGAUGUGAUGAAAGGGGGAAAAUGAUUCCAUCUGAUCUUGAAAGGCGAAUUGUUGAGGCCAAGCAAAAGGGAUUUGUUCCUUUUCUAGUAAGUGCUACUGCAGGAACUACCGUAUACGGAGCUUUUGAUCCGCUUAUAACUAUUGCUGAUAUUUGCAAGAAGUAUAAGAUAUGGAUGCAUGUGGAUGGAGCUUGGGGUGGUGGGCUACUGAUGUCAAGAAAACAUAAAUGGAAAUUAAAUGGCAUUGAAAGAGCAAAUUCUGUGACAUGGAAUCCACACAAAAUGAUGGGGGUUCCUCUGCAGUGUUCUGCCUUGCUUGUACGCGAAGAGGGGCUGAUGCAAAGCUGCAAUCAGAUGCAUGCUUCUUACCUCUUCCAACAAGAUAAGCAUUAUGAUCUCUCUUAUGACACUGGAGACAAGGCAUUGCAAUGUGGACGCCAUGUUGACGUCUUCAAACUAUGGCUGAUGUGGAGAGCAAAGGGCACUAUAGGAUUUGAAGCACAUAUUGACAAAUGCUUGGAUCUUGCAGAGUAUCUAUAUAACAAAAUUAAGAACAGAGAAGGCUAUGAAAUGGUGUUUGAUGGAAAGCCUCAACACACAAAUGUUUGCUUCUGGUACGUGCCUCCCAGUUUACGGAAUACAGAAGAUAAUGAAGAAAGAAUGAACCGUCUUUCAAAGGUGGCACCGGUAAUUAAAGCUCGGAUGAUGGAGUAUGGAACCACGAUGGUCAGCUAUCAGCCCCUGGGAGACAAGGUCAAUUUUUUCCGCAUGGUUAUCUCCAAUCCAGCAGCAGCUCACCAAGACAUUGAUUUUCUGAUUGAAGAAAUAGAACGCCUUGGGCAAGAUUUAUAA